ACGAUAAAAAGAGCGUCCGAACAAUAGCCACAUUUAAAAGGGUUUGCAGUGGUGUACCUUCCGACCAUACAAACCGAAAGGGAUCGUUCAAUUGCGCGGCAUUAUCUGCCGAACGAAACACGAGAGUGGACGUGUGCAUUAGCGUCAAGUAGUAAACGUACGAGAAGCCAACACGCGUGUAUCAGCACCAUUUCGUGCCAGAGUGUGUAUCUUCGUCGGAAGCGAAAGUGAAAGUUUGUCUUUGAAGCGUUUGAGCGCACCCGGUGUAAGCGGAGAAAAUAUUGCCAUAAAAUAUCUGUGCAAAGAAAAAAACGAAAAUGGCACCAUUACGCUGGGCGAUUGUUAGUGCGGGUACGAUAUCGCAUGAUUUUGCCUGUGCCGUGUCCACAUUGCCUGCGACGGACCAUCAGCUUGUUGCGGUCGGUGCCCGCGGGCUAGAAAAUGCACGAAAGUUCGCCGAACUGCAUGGUAUAGCGCGAUACUACGAAGGAUACGAAGCGAUCGCAAAGGAUUCGGAAGUGGACGUCGUGUACGUCGGUACGGUCAACAAUGCGCACUACGAGGUCAGCCGUAUGAUGUUGGAAGCCGGCAAGCAUGUCCUUUGUGAGAAGCCUUUGUGUGUGAAUCGCGGCCAGGCCCGGGCCCUGCUCGACUUUGCCCGCGAACGUGGUCUAUUCUGUAUGGAAGCGAUAUGGUCACGGUUUUUCCCGAGCUACAUUCAUCUACGGGAUCGUAUCGCCCGGGGUGAUCUGGGACGGAUCGAACGGGUGGAGGUACAGUUCGGACUUCCCCUCACGCACGUCGAACGCGUCCGGAUGAAGAGUCUCGGCGGUGGUACCGUGCUGGAUCUGGGUGUUUACACCAUACAGGUGUCAAUGUGGGCAUUCCAGUCGGAACCGGUACGCAUCGAAGCGGCUGGACAGCUGAACGAUGAAGGUGUGGAUGUUGGUAUUACCGCGACAUUGCACUUUCCCGGUGGCGGUGUGGCCAACAUUAAAACCAGUGCCAUAGACAAGCUGCCCAACACGGCCGUCAUCAUUGGAACGAAGGGAUCAAUAACGCUCCACGAUUUCUGGUGUCCUAUUGAGCUAACCGAUAUUGAUGGUACGGUGCGCUCCUACCCACUGCCAGCGUCAAAAGUGGAAUGCAUACUACUGAACAGCGUUGGACUACGGUACGAGGCAGAGGAAACGCGUCGUCGCAUCGUGGCUGGAGAGCUUGAGUCACCGUCCGUAUCCCACAACGACAGUCUGGCCAUUGCCGGUGUGCAGGAUGCGAUCCGGAAGCAGAUCGGAGUCGAAAUGCCGGAAGAUUACAUCUUCAAAAGUUAGUCGGUGGUCACCAAAGAAAGUACUUUUUUGUUGUAAAAUAAUUAUCCUUAUUUUGUGAGAAUAUUGGCCAAAUACAUUUAAGUACAAAUCUUUAA